AUCUAUCUCCCUUCACUCUCAACCCUCGCUCAUCCCCAACUCUUCCCGAUGGCCGCCUCAAAACCCAUUGCUCGACCUCUGGUCUCCGUCCAGUCUCUCGAAGGCGACAUGGCCGUCGACGACAACGCGGCCGCCUCAAUACACCUUCCGGACGUUCUCCGCGCCGUGAUCCGACCCGACAUCGUUCGCUUCGUACACGAUAACCUCUCCCGCAAUAAGCGUCAGCCCUACGCCGUCUCAAAGCGUGCCGGCCAUCAGACCUCCGCCGAGUCGUGGGGUACCGGUCGCGCAGUAUCCCGUAUUCCUCGCGUUCCCGGUGGCGGAACCCAUCGUGCCGGCCAAGGAGCGUUCGGCAACAUGUGCCGCGGCGGCCGGAUGUUCGGCCCGACCAAGAUCUGGCGUCGAUGGCACCGUCGCGUUAAUAUUAAGCAGCGUCGUUAUGCUGUUGUGUCUGCGCUCGCGGCUAGUGCUGUGCCGUCUCUCGUGCUCGCUCGCGGGCAUCGGAUCGAGUCUGUUCCUGAGAUCCCUCUUGUUCUCUCUGAUUCGGUUGAAUCUAUUGAGAAAACUUCAUCGGCGAUCAAGAUUCUUAAGCAGGUUGGAGCUUAUGCGGAUGCGGAGAAAGCUAAGGAUUCGCUCGGGAUCCGUCCUGGAAAGGGAAAGAUGCGUAACCGGCGUUAUAUCUCUCGCAAGGGUCCAUUGAUCGUGUAUGGAACAGAGGGGUCUAAGAUUGUCAAGGCAUUCAGGAAUCUCCCUGGUGUUGAUGUUGCUCAUGUUGAUCGUUUGAAUAUUUUGAAGCUGGCUCCUGGUGGUCAUCUUGGGAGGUUCAUUGUUUGGACUAAAUCGGCAUUUGAGAAGCUGGAUAAGGUGUUUGGAACCUUUGAGAUUCCGUCAGAGCUGAAGAAGGGUUAUGUGCUUCCGAGGCCAAAAAUGAUUAACGCAGAUCUUGGUAGGAUUAUUAAUUCUGAUGAAGUGCAGUCUAUUGUUAAGCCAAUUAAUAAGGAUGUGAAGAGAAAGACAUUGAAGAAGAACCCAUUGAAGAAUUUGGACACCAUGCUGAAGUUGAAUCCUUAUGCUAAAACGGCAAAGAGGAUGGCUCUGCUUGCUGAGAAGCAGAGGGUGAAGGCUAAACAAGAGAAGCUCGGCAAGAAGAGGAGCACACUCACUAAGGAGGAAGCUGCAAAGGUGAAGGCUGCAGGUAGCGCAUGGUACAAGACGAUGAUAUCGGAUAGUGAUUAUACUGAGUUUGAGAACUUCUCAAAAUGGUUAGGCGCGUCUCAGUGAGUUUUAGUGUCUGUUCUUCAUGAUUUUAUUAUUAUUAGUUCCCUUCUGUCUUUCUGUCUGUUGUCUUGUUUUGAAUCUGUGUUACAAUCCAAAGGAUUUUUUUUUUUAAAUGCUUUUGAAUCCUCAUGAAUUUUAUCUUA